AUGACGAAGUCUUAUACAUAUCACGACCAAGUUGCCGAGCAAGGCUUUACUAUCGUGAGAGGGUUUCUUUCCUCUCAGGAAAUUGACCAUUAUAUAAAAGCAUCACAGAAAGUUGUGCAAUAUGCUCGUGAUGGCCAUUGGCCGUAUGUGAGGACCAGAGGUAAACAAUUUCCUCCAUGGCCAAAGAAUUUCAGUCCCGAUAUAUGGGGUGUGACUGCCCUUCUCCAUCCUGAACUCAAAGACAUGUCACUUCCUUUUCAGGAAUUGUAUUCAGACGAUCGUCUUUUGGAAAUAGCAAGCAACAUACUUCAAACAUCAAUCGAUAGCUUGUCAAUGGAACUAUUUAAUAUGUUGAUCAACCCAUUGACAGAUUUUGAUCUUCAGUGGCAUAGAGAUCAUAUCCGACCAGAAGUCUCUGAGGAAGAGGAGGCAGCGCAGCUUCUUCAAGAUCCAUUUAGUGGAACUCAAUUUAAUUUGGCGUUGACUGAAGACCAUUGUCUUAUUGUUGUUCCCGGUUCUCAUAAAAGAGUUCGGACUGAAGAAGAGAGGGAAAAGACCACAGAUGAAGAUUGCACAAAACACAUUACUGGUGAAAUGGUGGUUGAACUUCAUCCAGGAGAUGUGGUAUUCUAUAAUAGCAACAUUUUACAUCGAGCUUCAUACUCAUCGAAGAAUCUUCGCUUGACGUUGCACGGGUCUUAUGGCCACAAGGACCAUGGUCAAACAAGAGCUAGAGGGGUUCUCCAAUUUGGAGUUGCUGAGUGGCUACCAGACUUCAAGCCAAUAACGAAGAAUAUGCAGCUCUUGAAAGAAAAGCUUGUCGCUUUAGCUAAAGAGAAUGAAGGCGUGAACCUAGGCUAUUCUUUGGAAGGGUGA